GAGGCCGCGGCAGCCCGCGAGCGAGCUUCCCUGACCCGCUCCCGCCGCCUCAGCAUGAAGGCUUUCAGCCCCGUGCGGUCCGUGAGGAAAAACAGCCUCUCGGAGCACAGCCUGGGCAUCUCCCGCAGCAAGACGCCCGUGGAUGACCCCAUGAGUUUGCUCUACAACAUGAACGACUGCUACUCCAAGCUGAAGGAGCUGGUGCCCAGCAUCCCGCAGAACAAGAAGGUGAGCAAGAUGGAAAUCCUGCAGCACGUCAUCGACUACAUCCUGGACCUGCAGAUCGCCUUGGACUCGCACCCCGCCAUCGUCAGCCUGCACCACCAGCGAGGCGGGCAGAGCGCGGCCUCGCGCAGCCCGCUGAGCGCCCUCAACACGGACAUCAGCAUCCUGUCCCUACAGGCAUCCGAAUUCCCGUCAGAACUAAUGUCAAAUGACAGCAAAGCACUUUGUGGCUAAAUCAAACGGUGUUCCACUGAUGAGCUUCUUUUGUUUGUUGUUUUUCUCUUUUUUUUUCUUUUUCUUUGCACAAGAUUAUCUACAGAAUUUUUUUUUUUGAGGCGCUGAAUUUAUUUUUCAGCUGUAUCUGGAGGGGAAAUCCACAUCUGAAAGGACCUUUUAAAAUUAAUAAAGAAGAAAAAAUCAAGAUUGUUCUUUAUCCCCACCCCAUUCUUCAACUUGGACUGAACCUAGUUAUUUAUGAAGAGACUCUUAAAUACCCUUUCCCUAGAUGGAAGGCUUCCUUUAUAUACUAUUCCCAACGUGGGGAGCGAAACAAAAUCUUACAAGGAGUUGCCCAUUUUAAGCAGACUUUGCCUUUUUUUUCCAAAGGUGGAGCGUGAGUACCAGAAGGAUCCAGUGUUCAGUGUUUUAGGGAAGUCUGUGGUCAGAAAUUACCUUUUUGACACAAACCUAGGGCUGAAUGCUGUGUAUAUAUUUAUAUAUAAAUAUAUA